GCUUCGCCGAGCAUUCGCCGCUCUUUGCUGUGCUAAGUUCACUUUUUUCCAGUCUCAUCCUCCUCAUUCUGAGGGCAUUUCAGCAGACAGCUCUUCUUCUGCAGUGGAUGAUCCCGAGGGGAAAUGCCGCUCCUGAUGGCCCUUCACCACAUUGGUCUGUGCGUGGUGCUUUGCAUCAGCAGCCUGUCCACACCUCUGCCUUACUCCGAUACUCUGGAGGGAAGUAUAGAUGAGGAAGACUACAACAACUUCAAUUUCUAUCUGCCUAUUACCAAUGUCUCCACGGAGUACCAGACCGCACCUGCCAACACAGCCCACGAGGAAACUGACUUUCUGAAUCAGCUUGUGAACUUUCUUAAUGAGAACAUGCUCCUCAUCCUCGUUGCAGCCAGUCUCAUCCUUCUCAUCUUCCUUAUCAUCUGCGGGGCAGUUUUCAUGAGCCACAGACGCAAAGUCAACGCUUACUAUCCUUCCUCCUUCCCCUCAAAAAUGUAUGUGGAUGACAGGGAUAAAAGUGGAGGUGCUAAACCCUUUAACGAAGUUCAAGAAAAAGCUUCCCCGGGGCAGGAAAGCGAGCCAGUGGACUCUCACAAGCAGCUCCAGGCUGACAUUAUGAGGGCUGCCAAGAGCCUGCGCACUCCAAAUAAAUCUGUUGAUGCUGCAGAGAGAAGCGAUCCCAGUCAGAAAAUAGCAGACCACAGUCCCGAAGACAGCUCGAAAGCAGAUGGCAGCAUCCUAGACCAUCAGCUCCCAAGUCUCCCAGAGGAAAAGGAGCCGAGCGAGCUUUCCGACAGUGAGGCUACCACCACAGAGGGCAGCUCAGAGCCGAGUCCUCCUGAGCUGCCUCGGUCAGAGGAAGUUGAUUCACAAGAGCCUUUGACGGGCAGGAGUCUGCGGCCCUCCUCUCUGCACAUUCACAAUGACUCUGCUACACUUCAGCUCAUCGCAGGAGAGAAAACUGCCUUCUAAGAAAUCAGAUUUGUGCAGAAAACCUUCAAAGAUUUCUGCAGGACUUUAGUAACUUCUCUGCAUUUCCUCAAAUAAAGAUACAGCAGGCAGAAUUGAAGAUGAUACAUGAUACUCUCUUUAUGCACCUUUGUACAAGUUUCACAGUACACAAAUAGUUUUAGUAUGUUUUGUGUUCCUGUGUUUGAAUUUAAACAUCUCUGCAUAUGGGCCACUGCUGGUAACAGUAGGUGGUGUGGUCCCAAUUACUCUGCGCUUCUAUGCAAAAAACCCAAAAAUGGACAACUAGGCCUCAGUUCUGUUUUUGAAUUUGGAUCUGUUAUGCUUUUCCUCAUUUUCUGUCAUAUAUAUACUGCUACAGUAGGGUGGACUUUUAUAUUAAACAUGUCCCAAGUUUCAAAUAAAAAGUUUAGCUUAUGUACAAGUAAUGGCUGUGAAACAAAGGAUCAGCACUCUGUGACAUCACCAGGGUACAUAUUCCUGAUAAUGGCUUGUUUCAGGAAGUAGAUGCAUUGAGGCAACGCUCUUUAAAAAAAAAAAAAACAACCUAGUAUGAUGAUUUUUCACCUGCAAGUCAUGUAAAGCUACUCCAGCAGACUCCAAGAAUAAAACUGUGGAGUUUGAAAUUUUUCUCUUUUUAGGGUGCACGCUUAGGAUUCCAUACUUUUACGGAGCCCGUCUGACCCCCAGUUUGUUUGACUAGUUUUAUCACUGUACAUCACACGCUGGAUCGCUUAAACAUGCGGGCCCGUGCACAUCUCAGUGGGACUCCAACGCAGCCGCCUCUGUGAAAAGGCUCCAAAUUAAUCAAAACGACAAGCAGACAGCAUGUCGGGUCUUUGAUGUAACAGCCCAAUAAAGCUAGAACGUGCAGAAGAUGUUGAACAUCGCUGUGUUCUGCAAGAGUGCUUCUCAAAAGUGUGUGCUCGCAAGUAGGGGAAACAGAAAGCGAGUGUGAGGGAGAGAGAAGCUGAGACACUGAGAUAAAGCGAAGCACAGUCAGGAUUUGUCAAGUAUAUAAAACCACAAUCUGGUGUAUUUUGGCUGCAGUGGAUCUCAGCUGCAGAGCUUUUUUAGGUGUUACUGCAGCAGGAAGUGCACGGGCGUAUUUGCAGGCUCUGUGUCUAUGUGCAGCUUACUCAAAUGGAUCACAAGGACGACU